AAGAAUGAUCAAAACAAAGCAGUGAAACUGUUACAGUGUGACAGUUAAUGAAGUGAUUUUUUUUUAGUAAUGUAAUGAUUUCGGUUUAGUUUUUAGACCUCUUUCCUAAGUCUAAAGUCUAGUUUUGGAAAAUCUGAUGUGCUCUUGCACCUAUUUGUAGAGCAGCUAUAAAUAGGCCCCUGCUGGCAACACAUGCGUGUCUAUGAUAGGCAGUUUCAGAGCCUUUCUUCACAGACUCUGGCUCCAAAGCAACACUGACAACAUCUCAAUGGUAAGUUGGAAAAUGUGCCUAGUUUUAAGGGGCUUUCACAUGGAUCACACCAUCAAAUCUGAGCUUUGAACUUUGACAAACUGAGGGCGUGAACACGGAGUAGUUUCAUACUGUGGGCGACACAUUAACCUUGGAUUUUACAGUUUUUUUGUGAAGUGCUUCAGUGGACGAUGACUUCCAGAAGGCCAAUGACACGCUCUUUCUCUGGCAAUGGGAGGACAAGCAGCUUCAGUGAAGAGGAGGGCAACUCUUCCAAUGGCCCCCCAGAAACUCGCAAUCCUUACCUCUCCAAUGUUAGGCCUGAAAACAGCUAUUCAAGGUAUUCUCACUACAGGCCAACGAGGAGCACAUUGUGCAGCGUCAUGGCUCAGCUUACCGAGGACGUACAGCCGUCCUUUGAGACCACCUUGAAAUCCAAGGCAGUGUCAGAAAACUGCAACGUGAAGUUCUCCUGUGUGGUAACAGGUUACCCAGCUCCAGAACUGAAAUGGUACAAAGAUGACAUGGAAAUGGACCGGUAUUGUGGACUCCCAAAAUAUGAAAUUCGUCGUAAUGGAAAAAUCCAUACCCUCCAUAUUUACAACUGCACGUUGGAUGAUGCAGCCAUCUACCAGGUCUCAGCAAGCAAUAGCAAAGGUAUUGUCUCCUGCUCGGGUGUUCUGGAGGUUGGCACCAUGAACGAGUUCCAGAUCCACCAGAGGUUCUUUGCCAAGCUGAAGCAGAAAGCUGAAAAGAAAAAGAAAGAUAUGGAGGUGCAGGCCAAGCAAGGGGAUAAAGAAAACAUUCAGAAAGAGAAACCGCAGGUUAGCCCAGAACGUCCUCCAAGAAAGCGACAUAUCCCAAAACCAGAGGAGAAGCCGGCGGUGAAGAAACCUGAGGCUGUGGAACAACUGGGAGCUGCUGCAGAACCUAAUGGUAUUAUCUCCGAAGUCGAGGAAACAGCCCCUGUGACAUCUAAAGACCUGGAGGAGAUAUCUCCAUCUGAGGAAACCAUGGCCAAAAAGAAAAUAAAGAUCUCCAAUGGUGUAGAUGCUGGGGUUAACGGCAACAGCAGCAGUAACAAAAACCAUAUGAUGGGAAAUGGAGGUGAAAACUGUUAUGAUGGAGGCUUUGGUUUAGCACAAUUUCUGGCAGAGGCUCUCCAGGCCCAAGCUGCUGAGGAGAAACUGAACUCAGCUCGAGGGGAGAAACCUGUAGAGAUGGAUUCACCUAUUGUAAGUGCAAGAGAGCAAGAGAGGAUGCGGAAAGUAAGGGAAGAACAAGAAAAAGCUCAACAGGAAGAGUAUGAGAGAGAGAAAAGGAGAGAAGAAGAGUUGGCCAUAGAGAGGGAGCGAGAAAGGGAAAGGGCGUUGGAGAUGUCGCAUACAAAACACGGCUCAGAAGUCAGACAUCACGGCAAGGCUCGUAAGGAUCACGAACACCACAACAUCCAGACCUCCAUCUCCUCUGUGCUCCACUCAGUCAAAGACUUCUUCUUUGGUAAGAGCAAGAAGGACUCUCAUGAACACAUUGAGAACAAGGAGAGAGAGGCUAGUCGCUCGCCUGCCUCAACGCCGCCAUCAUUUCGGCUGCAACAGGAGCACAACCGAGUGUGCAAGCCUCUCACUGAGGACAUUGUAUCUAUGGAAAUAGAUAAACCAAAGGAGCCUUUAGAGUAUGUAGGUAUGGAACAGUCAGUGUCACUGAAGCCACAUGAACAUAAGCAUGAAGACCGUGUUUUGCACACAGACCUGCCAGCAGCUCAUAAAUUGCCACCUGAGAGCGUAGAGGAGUCCACAGGGCAGAGUGCCAAGGUGGCUGAUGGUGCUGCUGAGGCCAUGGAGGUGUCUGUGGGGUUAGACAGCAGCAGUCCAGGUGAAGAAACGCCAUUGUCUGGGCUUCAAGUUCUCACUGAGGCUGAAGAGAAAGAUUCUCACAUAGUAUCUGUCAUCAAAGAGGUUCCCUUGCAUCAGCAUGAUUAUGCGGUAGUUUCAUCCCAGCUUAAUCAUCAGCCUGCUCAAGAUGAGUCUUCACCAAGGGAAGAAGUAUCUGUCUUGCCACAGACCCAAGCCCCUUACAAAGAGGAAUGCCCCCCCACAUCCACCCCCACAAGUCUGGAAGAAAGCUGGACUCCCCCUCGCAAUCUUAUCUCAACGUCAGACAACCACAGCCUUGAAGAGGCACCCACCGGAACUUCACAGGAAGAAAAGAUGAGUGUCAAGAUGGGCAGAGAGGGUGAACCAGACACAGACAAGGGCCGCUCCUCCAGUGUGUUAUGUGAGGAGGAGAAAGCUGAAGUGAAAUCAAACAAGCAAUCGUCCUCAGAUAUAAACAGACCUGAGGUUACUGAAUUAACAACACGUUCAGUGGAAGAGAGAAUAGAGCCAACUGAGCCUAAAACACCAGAUCAGGUGCUUUCACCUCUGCCUGCAGUGGCAGCAUAUGGUGUCGAGGGAGAUCAUGUGAAAGAACAAACUGGAUGCACUUCACUGAUUCAGGAAAUGAAUUUAGGACUUCCGCCCACUGAGGCCCCGGAGAGUUUAGAGAAGGGUGACCUAAAUAUACAGCAAGAGCACACUUCUACAGUGGAGGUAAGCGCUGAAGGCCACAAUGUCAGUGCAAUGCAGAGUUCAAACACAGGUCUUAGAAGCAGUGAAGAGGGAAGCAAAUUAGAAGGGGUAUUGAUUUCUGCUUCUGAUUUAGAGGUUAACUCUUCUGACGAUCUAAAAACACAAGAGCAGGCGAUUUUAGAAGGCGAAAGCACUGAAGCAAAGAGUUUACAGUUUGGAGUGGAGGCAGAAAAGAGGAGUCCAGUCACAGCAGUGGAAUCAGAUGAAUCAAAAAGCCUCUCAGUAACACAAAACCAGGAAGGUAAUGCUUAUGUUUUGGAGGAACGCAGUACUGUUGCACAUCAAGACAGCAGGGAGGGACAGCAGGGUCCGCCCCUAAUGAAUAUUCCACAAAUCCAAAUAUCUAUCAUUGAAGACACCCCAGAUAUUAAACCACCUGUGGCAGGUGUGAACUCAGAUGAACAAUUUAUAAUCCCAAAAAUUGAAAUAAUGGAGCCUGAGCUCAAAGAGUGCACUCUGCCACUAACUAUUUUGGCACUGAACAAGCAAGAAUCAGAGCCUGCUACACUGCAAAAUCAUGAUGUAACUCUUGAGUCUGAGGUUAUAAUCCAAGACCAGAGUGCGGUUGAUUCUCCAAGCUUGCUGCCCACGCAGAGAGGUAUGCAGAAUGAUAUCAAUCUCUCACCUAUGGAGAAAGUAAAGGAAGUUGCACAAUUGGAUGACGAGACAAAAAUGUUUGAGCAGCCAAGCGUGAAAGGCAGUGAACAACUCCCUCAAAUGGACUACGCAUCAGUUCCUGUUAUAAAUGUUUCAUGCACCGAUGACAAGGAGGGUGAGGUAUUUAUAAGCACCCGUGUUUCAGAUACACAGUGGCCUUUCGAAACUCCAACGGUGCCAGUGUUUGUGGUGCCGCCAAUCUCUAUCACUUGUCAUGAAAGUGAUUCUGGACUCAGCCUGCCCGCUCAGAAUGUGUGGACAGAAACAGAAACUUCAGCUGCCACACAAAGGGGAACAAAGCGUGACACUGACAAUAAUAAUACCACUGUGCCUGAAAAAAAUCAAAAUAGAAAACAGGAUGUAGAAGAAACAUCAGAAAAGAGUGUUAAAGAAAACACUACCUCUGUACUAAAUGAAGCUCUAACACCAAAGGUUGGUGACAAUGUGCCUUCAUUUAUUAAAACAGCAGAAGACAACAAUGUCCCUGAAAUCUUAAAGACAAAAUCCCUUAAAGAAGCUAAGAUAGAGAAUUCUAUGUCUGUUGAGAGACUGUGCUCUAAACCCCCAGCACAUCCAUCACUGAGUCCAGCCAGUCUCCGCAAAUUCAUGUCCAAAGCUGCUCCAGACUCAGACGCAAUCACUGGGGGGGAUAAGGCAGACGAAGACCUCAGUGGAGGCUCAACACCGACAUCAUCCCUCUCCUGUGAGAGCAGUCCCCGUCUGAAGCGCAGAGACAGUCUGUCACUCAUCCGCUCUGCCACGCCUGAGGAGCUGGCCUCUGGAGCUCGUCGCAAAAUCUUCAUCCCAAAAACUAAAGAAGAUGGAGAUGGAGCAGUGGUCGGUGCGCUGGAUACUCCAGUCAAAAAGGACACCCCCUACAUGUCUCCCAGCCAGGCUCGCAGAGCAGCGUUACUACAAGCUCCCACAGGACAAAACACCCCACCCGUGGAGAGGCGCUCUCCGCUGCUGGUCCGCAGAAAGGCAACAUUGGAGGUGCCAAAAGUGGUGGAGGAGACUCCCACAGAAGAGCCAGUCAGCACCAAACAAGAGGAGAAACCAGCUGCAAAGAAGUUUGACCCUUUGAAAGCUCCACAGGUCAUCCGUAAGAUCAGGGGAGAGCCGUUCCCGGAUGCUUCCGGACACCUGAAGCUGUGGUGCCAGUUCUUCAACGUGCUCAGUGACUCCACCAUUAAAUGGUACAGAGAAGAGGAGGAAAUACUAGAGGUGAAGAGAAGUGGAGGAGAUGAAAGCCAAGUCGCACUGGCUGUUGUUCUGGCAUCCAACCAUGACUGUGGAGUGUACGGCUGUUCAAUCAGUAAUGAAUAUGGGUCUGACACCACUGACUUCCUGCUCAGCGUAGAGAUUCUGUCUGAGAUACUUCUAAAGGAUGAUUUGGAAGUUGGAGAGGAGAUCGAGAUGACUCCACUGCUGUUCACCAAAGGCCUGGCCGACUCCGGCAGUUGGGGCGAAAAGUACUUUGGCCGUAUCAUGACCGAGACGGCGCAAAUCGGGGAGGGCUGCGCUCACAAAACCAGCAGAGUGAAGGUCAUUUACGGCCUGGAUCCCAUCUUUGAGUCUGGAAGCGCCUGCGUCAUCAAAGUCCAAAGCCCCAUCCCGUACGGGACCACGCAGGAGAACAACCUCACAGAUAAAAAUCUACAAAUAACUAAGCAAGAAUGCAAAGUCCAAAACAUGAUUCGAGAAUACUGUAAAAUCUUUGCGGCUGAAGCAAGAAUUCUUGAGAACUUUGGCUUUACACUAGAAGUGAUUCCUCAAUAUCUGAUGUACCGGCCUGCAAACUCUGUGCCAUAUGCCACAGUGGAGGCUGACCUUAUGGGUGACUACGUCCAGUACUGUGGGAUGGAUUCUAAAGGCAAGCUGAUUUCACAAACCGCCUCUGAGGUGGAGCAGAAAUGCAGCACCUUCCAACAUUGGCUCCAUCAGUGGACGCAUGGCAAUUUGCUGGUCACUCGGCUGGAGGGUGUUGAAUCAAAGAUGACAAAUAUUCGAGUUGUGACCAAGCCAAAAGGAUACCAAGGACUAACAGAGCACGGCUCUCCGGAAGUGUUUGAACAGUUCCUGACACACCAUCAGUGCAACUACUACUGUGGACUUCUUGGCCUGCGCCCACUCAAGUCGCUGGAGCAGCAGUCCAAGGUGAAGGGCUCCAGGAGCCCCCUGCUCAACCGCAGGUUGAGCUCAAGCAGCCCACAGGUUCAGCGGAAAGGACACAGCCCUCAGAUGUCUAGAAAGGCAAACUCUAGCCCAAAGGUGCCGAGAAAAGCUCAGGAGACAGAGGACAAUAAAUUAGACAACAAACCCAAACCUGCAGAAACUGUCGAUGCUCUUGAAAUUAGGUAGGAAGAAGCUGUGUCACACAAGAUUUAAUUGCUGUUAAUGGUUUAGUAUUAUCUGCUGUUUAUUUCCAGUUAGCAAAACCAAAAAGGACUUGAAGAGUGAGACUUACAGAAAAGGAAUAGUUUGUUGACUUGACUUCUCAUUAAGAAUUACUGUGAAUUUCUCAGUCGCCAUUACAACUACAGUAUGAGACAUCCAGCCACUUACUGUGGUUAAAAGGCUCAUGAGAAUGUUUUGAGCAAUGAGUACAGGGUUUUUAACCUCAUAGCCCACAUAACUUGAACAGAAUGAAAACCAACACUGGGCCACAUUAGAGUUGAUGUAACACUUUUAUAUAGUUUGAAACACUUGCCUAAGAGUCUUAUCAGCUCUAUGAGACAAACACUUCUCCAAGCAAUAUCUGUCAACUCUGUCAAAAUCAUCACUGAAGCUCAGCCGCACUUCGCACUGUUAAAUUUGCAGUUUGAUUUUUUUCUUUUUAAUGAAGAGAUGUCAACAUUUUUAUAUGAUUUUAUUUUAUUUAUGGAGACUAAAACCACAGCCACAUCAGGGUGUUGAGGUAAUGUAUCCAUUAUUAAACGCUGCAUGUUCAUCUGUGAUGUACAGAAUGUGAGAAGGACGUAAAGUUAAUUAUAGAGGCGUUACUUAUGGCUUGCAUUAGAAAUGCCUUCACAGCAUUUCCUCACACAGCAAAGUUGAGCUCAUGCUGUGGAAUUACAGAACCGUUUUUAGAUCGAAGAUGUUUGUGUGCACUUUGUUUUUGGUAGUUUUAGAGUACUGUAUCUGUUGCGUCUGUGUCUUUAACAAGUUGUCUUGGAGUAUUUCAGUUCAUUUUAAUAUAUGCUGGUGAAUGCGAAGCAAUGAGCAGUAAGGGGCUGCCAGUAAAUUCUUCGGUAUGCUCCUGCUCAUUGACAUGCAAACACACGAGUGUUUCUGAAGCAAGGAGGAAAGCCGCUGAAUGAGUUCCACACAGUAAUUCGGAUCUGACCUAUGGACUGUGACAUGAAUGCACACUGAAUUAAAUAACCAAAAGAGCAGACUCUGGAUUUUCAGAAGCCUAUUGAACACUUAGUAAGGCUCCCUGCAGGAAAUCUGUAGAGUUUUACGGCAACUGACAAUCCCCUUUCACUGAAUGUGUGAGCUGUGACUUUUGUUAAUGAGCAGUUGGUCUUCAGUCUUCAGUUAUCUUGUGAGUUUGCACAUUUACUUCUGGUUGAAUUCCAACAGGAGCCAAUUGCCUUUUACAAAUAAUAAAGAACUGAAAAUAGCUCUGUAGGAAUUCCCGUGAUGGAUUACCGGUUAACAAUCGAGUGUCUUCAAAGUUUUCCGCAGUUAAACUUCAGGUGCCAUUACUUUACAUCACUGUAAUUGCAUGAUUGUUUAUGAUAGAAACAUUUUAACACAGGUUGAAAUAUUGACCAGCGAAUGACAGUGAAAGGUGUGGUGUCAUGCAAACAAACUGUAUUGGGUUUAUGUGUACAUAAAGUCAAAGUACUGAGUAUCUGAAGUAGUGUGAAGAACAAUCGUAAACGUGAGAGUGGGUGUGUGAAUGAGUAAAUGGAUGAAUGAUUCAGAAUAAAUGUGUGUUUACAAUGUGUGCUGUCUAUGUCACGUUACAUCAUGUCAGCAAAUGUUUUUUUAAUAAAUACGUAAAACAUUUGUGUCCAA